AUGUCUUGUACUGGUAAUGGGUUAUCUAAUGGCCCGCUUUCACAUUUUGCAAAUAAGUUCUUUCAAGAUUAUGGCGUUGCUUCCUCGACAAGUAAAUUAAUAGAACAAGGAAGAAAUACGGCAAAUUCCUUUCAUUUUUCAAAUUUUGAAAGAAAGGGGCAAGAAAAUGGUAGAAAUAAUUAUGACGAGGAGUUGAACAGCUGGAACCAUUUUAUCCAACGGAGUGAAGAUAAUGGAAACUGGCUCACGACCGAAUUCAUGAUUUCAGAACAGGGAGUAGAAGAAGAGUUUCGACAAGAAUGGAGUGAUGAGAAAUUCACCGAGAUUUAUAUCAAACAACGCGGGCUGGACCGACCUCAUAAAGAUAAAACAUCUUUACAGAAUAAUUUGAUACAUCCUUGUGAGAAUUCUUUCGUUCAAGAGUUUUUAAGCAUUUCGGCGUGCCAAGAUUCAUCCUCACUCCAAUUUUCACUUGAAGAGUAUUCUUCGUUUAUGACCAACGAUCAUGCUACCACGUACAAUACUCUACAUAACGACUUACUCCAAGCUCAAAUUUACCUUUUCGAUCACCUUCUGUCUGCUAUCUUAAAAUAUCCAAUGACAACUACUUGUAGACCCUCCCCAGAAGCGGAAUGGGAUUGGGCUAGGUUAUUUUCAUCCUCGAGAUGGUGUAGUAAUGACAAGGAUGACAAUGAUAAAAUUUCAGAUAGUGAAUAUCUACAAAGUAUAGCAUUAGAAAGAUUGCAACUUUUUUUGGGACAUAUAAUUGAUUCUGAUAUCGAGCAGAAGAAUAGGAUAUCAUGA